AUGGAUGAAGAUAUGAUAUUUGAUCCCUCUUUGAAGAAAAAAAAGAAAAAGAAGACCGGUUUCGAUAUUGAUGCUGCACUGGCAAAUGAACAAGGCGAAAGCGCAUCUGUUGAGGCUCCUGUCGAGGCAGGUGACGUCGACGUGCCUGAGGACGAAAACCUUGAUUUAGAUAAUUUCGGUAAAAAGAAGAAGAAAAAAAAGAAGACCUUUUUCAAUUUAGAGGAAUUAGAAAGUGCAUUACCGGAGACGAAAGAAGACAAACCACCUGCGGAGGAACCCGAGCCACAAGAAGAAAAUCUAGUGGAUGAUCUAGAUCUGGAAAUAGACUUCUCAAAAACAAAGAAGAAAAGAAGGAAGAAAAAUCUUGAUGAACUAGUUGCUGAAGAAGAAAAUAGAGGUGAAGAUCAAGAAAAUGCUGAUGACUUACAUGGUGAUUGGGUCAGCACGGACCGUGAUUACACUUAUGAUGAACUCCUAGAGCGUGUAUUUGAUAUAAUGCGUGAGAAAAAUCCAGGUAUGGUUUCAGGAAAGAAACAAAAGUUCAUUAUGAGACCACCACAAGUUGUUAGAAUUGGAACAAAAAAAACAUCAUUUGCAAACUUUACAGAAAUUUGCAAAACUUUACAUCGGCAGCCGAAACAUUUAUUGGAUUUUUUGUUGGCUGAAUUGGGUACAAGUGGUUCUGUAGAUGGUAACAGUCAACUUAUUAUUAAAGGUCGAUUCCAACAAAAACAAAUAGAAAAUGUGUUACGUAGAUAUAUAAAGGAGUAUGUUACUUGUCACACAUGUCGUUCACCUGAUACAAUUUUGCAAAAGGAUACUAGAUUAUUUUUCCUUCAAUGUGAGACAUGUGGCUCACGUUGUUCUGUUGCCAGUAUUAAGUCUGGAUUCCAGGCUGUAACAGGCAAGAGAGCUGCCAUUCGUGCAAAGAUUGCAUAA